AUGGCAAUGUUUGCCUGUUUUUUGGCCAACAAUACGUUGACCGCCUGUCCGGACGCCUUCGACGACUACGUCCAGCACUUGAUGGCCAUUGAAUCGCGCGGUACUGACCGUCACAGUCGGGCAACUGUCGCCUGGUUUGAGCAGUUGUUGCAUAAUUACCGACAAACAAAAUUGGCCAUUAUGAAUAAGCAACCCGACGGGGCUAUAAUUACCGUUGUGAAUGUCAAUGCGUGCGAGUCAGGUGUGGGAAAGUCGACAUUUAUUAACGCAUUUGUGAACUAUUUGUCGUUUGAAAGUCUGGAUGCGGCAAAUGGUCAGCCCAUAUGUUUAAUUCCGGUUAGUUUUAGUCUGACUGACCCAAAGACACAAACACCUGUGAGGGUAGUAUUGGGUGAUCAGGAUAUGAAUGAGAACAGCGAUGACACGACUAAAUCUGCCACACAAUACCCGAAGUGCUAUAAAUUUGAAGAUGAUAAUAUUGUGCUCAAUAUAAUCGAUACGCCGGGAAUUGCGGACACGGAUGGCAUAGAUCAGGACAAUAGAAAUAUGCAAAACAUAUUAGACUUCAUAAGUAAUUAUAAGGAAAUCAAUGCCUUUUGUAUACUUUUAAAGCCAAAUGAAGCCAGACUUGAUGUGCUGUUUAAAUAUUGUUUGUUUCAAUUGUUCACUCAAUUGAAUAAAAGCGCCGCAAAUAAUAUACUAUUCCUAUUCACAAACUCCCGGAGCACUGAUUACAUGCCCGGAGAUUCCGGGCCCGCAUUACUCAGUAUUUUGGACCAAAUCAGGGAAAAUCCGCCAAAUGUUGACAUUUCUUAUAAUAGAAAUACAGUCUAUUGUUUCGAUUCCGAGUCGUUUCGAUAUCUCGUGGCUUCGGUUCCGCCAAAUAAUAUACAGUUUGAGCCGAGAUUAAAGUCGACAUAUAUUGAAAGUUGGGACCGAUCUGUUAAUGAAUGCCAGCGACUAUUAAACCACAUAAUACAACUGCCGGCACACAAAGUAAUGGACACCCUAUCACUCAAUAACGCCAAACAAAUGAUACAAUUACUAACCAAACCGUUAGCCGACAUCACAAAGAAUAUCGCGGAUAACGUAAUGCAAUGCGAAUUACAUAAACUUGGGGUUAAAAGGCAGACGCGGAUCACUCCUAAACUACAUAUACCUACCGUUGAAUUGCUUUACUUACCAUUGGCUCAGCCAAAGACAGUUUGUGGUCACGACCAGUGCUGUAACACCACGGUCAUUAAUCACAUAUCUAAACCAAACUAUCACACACCGUGCCAUUCACCAUGUUACCUUCACUAUAACGAUGGUAAUAUUCUCGGCAAUAGGGCCUUACGACUAUGCAAAGCUUUCAACAAAUAUAACACCAAAGAUCAUGAUCCAAAUAAAAGCAAGGUAAAACUGGGACUAGCUGGCGAAGUGUUUUCUAAAAUAACAAGGUCAAAUACGUGCCGCGCGUGUGGCCAUAGUUAUCAAGAUCAUCUAAAUAUUACUUACGAGCUCCAGGAGGUGCUCCGAGAAGUGCCCGACAAUAAUACGUGUGUAAAAUCAAUUGCAUUGACCGAAUCCGAUGCCCCGGAGCGUGAAAUCCAACGUCUGGACCAACGGAUCGCUGAAUUGAGUGCCGAAAGUGAGACAAUCAUUAACUCUAUGGCAUUGUUUGCCUGUUUUUUGGCCAACAAUACGUUGACCGCCUGUCCGGACGCCUUUGACGACUACGUCCGGCACUUGAUGUCGAGUCAACCGUACGGUACGGACCGCCACAGUCGGGCCAUAAUUGCGUGGUUUGAGCAGUUUUUGCAUAAUUACCGACAUGCAAAAUUGGCCAUCGUAAAUAAUAUGCCCUAUGGUGUUGUGAUUACCGUAGAACGUGUGGCACAGGUUGUUAGAAAUCUGUCCAUGAUGAAACAUAAUGGACACCUAUUUUGCAAUAUUCUAAGUCAUGAACGUCAGACCAAAGUCAAAUACCAUGUGAUUCACAACGAGAUAGAUUACAAGAAUCAAACGCAUAGAAGAUUUAGCUUGGCUACAUUUUUGGCAAAAUUAAAUCACCGAUUAAGCACCUAA